AUGCUCACGCUGGCUUAUCACCACUGGCCUUUGCCUUUGACAUCGUUUGCGACCCGCUCCGCUGUUGCAGCGAACAUCACUGACCAGGAACAGGAUGGCGUUCUAAUUCGCGGACCCUCCGUACUUCCGGAGGCAAAGCGUGCACUUGCAAUACUAAAUGGCGGGAAUAAGCAAGGAAUCAAGAUUCCAUACAUCAUGAUGACGAACGGAGGGGGUUCGACAGAAGCGGACCGUGUUACGAGGUUGAGCGCAGAGCUGGGCAUCCAAGUGCAUCCAAGCCAGAUGGUUCAGUCACAUACCGUACUCCGCUCGCUUGCGCACAAGUACGCUGACGAACCGGUGCUCGUCCUGGGUGGUAUUAACGAUGCAGUGCGCAAGAAGAGUUAUAGUGCUCUCGACGUUCACGCGUCGAAUCCGAGCGUAUUUCCGUUCCAUCGCAUGACGCCUGAAGAGCUCGCGGCUGCUAAGCCCUUCGAUCUCUCGAAUACGGCCUUUCGCGCCGUCUUUGUCUUCUGCGACUCGCGCAACUGGGGCCUCGACAUCCAGGUCAUGAUCGAUGUGCUUCGUGCGCAAGGUGGGGUUAUCGGGGCGCCGUACCGUGUCAAAGGUGAGCCGCCCGUGGUCGAACUUGUCUUCUGCAACCCAGAUCUGCUAUGGCGGAACGACUUUCCGCAGCAUCGCUUCGCGCAGGGUAUCUUCAAGGAGUCAUUCCAAUCAGUGCACAAACUCAUGACGGGGGAAAUAUACCCGUAUAAGCAAUUUGGAAAGCCAUCGCCGGAGACGUACGACUUUGCGAAAAAGCUGCUGCUAGCACAUGCUACCGAGCUAGGAGGACCCAAAGGACCUGGAGCGCCCGAGACGAGCAUUAAACCUACGAUCGAGCUUCAGAAUGUGGAAGAAGCGGUUAAGUGGGCUAUGCAACGUGAGGGGCUGGAUAUCUAG